CCAUACACGGCCGCCUCGAUCAUAAGCAACCACUUUUUGUUCCUCACGUUGACAAGAGCCCUAUACCCCCUUGGGAAUUCCCUCCGCCAUGGCGUCCUCGUCGCGACUGCCUGUUGGAUCCCUGCUAUCUGCCGCCAGGCCCGGUUUUCACCCCGUCACAAUCGCAGCGCAAACAUGCCAAUGCCGGUCUUUUUCUCGAUCCUCAAUCACCCAGCGUGCGAUGCGGGGGAUGCCACAAACGAUGGCCGCUAAGCAGCCCGCUCAACCGAGUAUGAAGACACGAGGGAAGGAAAUGUCGAAAUCGGAAAUGCCGCAGGAUCUGGGGUUGUUGCCGGGUACAUUCGUCCGGCCACUGUGGAGGGACAUGCCGUCUGUUUUCCAAUUACCGCGGGAAAGAAUGCAAUUGGAGUGGCUUUGGAUCAAGCAGGCGUUUCAAAAUUUCCUGGGAAUCCUCGCCUACAGUAAAUGGCUCAACAAGGGUCUGCCCCUCCGUCUGAGAGAGCGGCGACAGGUUGGAUGCGAACUCUACGCACAGAUGUACACUGCCUACGCCGAAGGCGACGUCGCAACCCUCCGAAAGAUCUGCUGCACCGGUCUCGCUAACAGUCUCACCACCCGAAUCACCAACCGCCCCAAAGACGAAAAAGUAACCUGGUCUCUCGACAAAUACAACCGCUCCCCCGCAACCUUCCUCACCGGCGUCCGCGUCCUCGCAGACCGCGCAACCCAAAUCCCCGAAAUCCCCAAAUCCGGCGUGCGCCAGGUCGUCCUACGCAUCACGAGCCGCCAGUCCACGGGCAAGGUCAAGCUGCCGAUGAAUAAGCGGGGCGUGGUUGAGGAAGCUGCCUUGGAGGCGGCACCGGCUAAGCAGCGGGAUUGCACUGAGUACAUUGUGCUGCAAAAGUUGAUGUGGUUUGGGGAGGAGCAGGAGUGGAGGAUUUGGGGACAUGCUACGCCGACUACUGUUGAGGAUUUGGAGACUCCGUUCUUUGCGCCAGGGCUUUCGCUCUCGGACCGUAUGGAGGCUAUGAAGGCGAUGAUGGAGGGGAAGAAAUAAGCCGUUUCUCUCCGUUGAGGGUGUCAAAUCCCAACAAGAACUCAUCUCGAGGCUUACUUCUUGAGAUAAGUGAUGCUCCAACAACCAGGGCAAGCAAUGGGCCACGGGUCGAGUAACGAGGUAUGCUAAAACAGUGGUGGUUCUACCCAGCGAGAUAUUCCUUUCUACCCCCUUGUGUUAUCUUUACGCAUUCCCGCAAAAAUCGAAACUCGCCUCUUACAUUGUAUUUAUGUGAAUGUGUCGAAGUCUCAUGUGUACUAUAUCUGAUGCUUAAUUUUUUUUUUUUU